CCGAGGCGGUGUGACGUCAAGCAGCCCAUAAUAUAUUGAAGUAGCUAGUCCUGAGGUCGUCAUGUCCUUCACUCACUCGCAUGGCGUUUUCCGAGCGAGGAAAACUCUGGCCCUAGUACCCCAUGCAGGACUCUCCUCAAGCCAUCAAAACCAGACUAGACCGAGCAGUAGACUCUGAAGGAAAUGUUUUGGAUAUGGCGGCCGUGUUGGAGAUUGUUACAACACUGGAGCGACUACCAAUUACGAAAGAAGCUCUAGAAACAACAAGGAUUGGAAAGACCAUCAACUUAUUGAGAAAAAAGACUAACAAUGAGAGCCUGGCAAAAAGAGCUAAAAAGCUAGUGAAAAAAUGGCAAUCUUUGGUUAUCAACCAUAUUCAGACUACAAGAAGUGUUGAUUCACCAUUGAAUGGUAGUCGCAUUUCAUCUCCACAAAUUAAUGGAGCUAUUUGUGAAACUGGGACAACUUCACUUUCUGAAAGGACAGACAAACCUAGAAUAUUAGAGGGGAAGAAACGUGGGCUGAAAAGGAAGAGAGAUGGAUAUGGCUCUGAUAAUUCUCCUAUUAUAUUUGCUUCUCAAGAUUGCAGUCAAUGUAACACCCCCGUGCCAUCCAUUUGCUCAGCUCCACAGCAGGCGAGUGGCCCAAAUAGUGAUACAUCCACAGAAGACCGGCAAAGCCCUUGUGAGAAUGCUGCAAAGGUUGCAAGGGUGUCACCAAAUGAAUUAAAUAAGUCUAAAUCUGAAGUUGCCUUAUCUGUUGAGCCUGCAGUAUGCGAAAAACUAAAUAAGGAAGAAACUAAUAAUCAUACUCAUGACUCAAAUGAAUUUGAUGCUAAUGCUGGAAAGUCCACAAUAGCGGUAGAACCUUUAGAGAAAAAAGAGUCUAGUCACACUGACAAAGUCCAAACCAGUAAUAUUGAAAGCAAUUCAGGUUCUAGCAACAGUUCAGCAGAUGAAAAUGCUAAGAAAAGUUGUGAUAUGAAUCAUAUAGAGAAUACAUUGACUAAUUCAAAGGAUGUUGAAAUAGAAAACAUGACUAAUUCAAAGGAUGUUGAAAUAGAAAACAAAUUAUCACUCUCGGAGCCUUGCCCAGGUAACACUUGCACAGAUUCAAAUGUAAAAACUGCUGAUCCUAAAGAUUCAUGUGUUGCUGAUGCAUGCUCUGAUGUUCCUGAGAGGGAAACAAAUUUACUUCAGGAAGAGGAAGACAAAGUUGAUGAUGAAGCUAUUGAAUCUAAAGAGCCAGUAUUGGAUUUAGACCAAGAAGCAGAUGGUGUUAAUGGUCGUUAUAGCGAUGAUGGUGUGUGGUAUAGUUGGGCAGAUACCAUGCCAUCCAAUGAAGGGUCACUCCAAAUUUUGCCAUAUGUUUUGCUAGAGUAGUCAGACUAGAAAAUCAACAAUAAGAUAUCGUAAUUAUACAAGUAGACCAGUAAAAUAUUUUUCGAUGAAUGAAUAUAUAAAGAUCACAACAUAAAACAUCAACUCCAUUCAAAGAACAUUGCAAAAUUUUAUUUUUGCUUCAUUUGCCAUGAAUACAUGUUUGUGGCUCAUUACAACUUAAAUGAUUGCUCUUUGCAGAUAAGUGCUUGAUUAUUUGGUUUGAAAAAGUUUAGUAAAGUGGAUCAAUUACAAGUUGUUUGUUCUCUUAUGGGAGCUACCAUAGCAAAACAGAGAAUUUGCUAAAAAUGCAAGAGAAAACAAUAUAAUGUGUCAGUCAACCAAUUCUAAGUUGAUGGUAGUGUUUAUCGUUACAUAUUUUUACUGUGUGCCUCCCUUCUAGGAUAGGCUUCCUAAAUUACUGAUGCCUCUUCCAGCAGUUUCUUAGAGGUCAUGUUUGUGAGAGUAUUUAUUUUGUUUUCUAUGCUGUGCACAGAGAAAAUAUUUCCAAGUAAGAAUUGUAAGUGUAGCUCAAAUGCCACAAGAAAUAUUGUUGGACAAUAAAAAGUCAUUCAAACGUUUAUAAAAA